ACUAGGUAACAGCGCUAAUAAUGGAAUCGCGUUUUGGAUAAGUCCGCCAAAAAAUCACGAUAUCCGCAUUUUGUUUGGGGAAUGUUGGUGAUGUUGCUGCGGUAACCCAAAAGUGAUCUUUCAAUCAAUUAAUUUUUCUGGUUUAACGAGCCAUGGAGGUAAAUCCCGCUAAGAAAAAGCUAGUAAGACCCGAAUUUACUGGUCACUUGGCACGCCAAAUUCAGAGAAAUUUGGCUAUGGCUAUUGCUGGUGGGGUAACCAGUAGUUGUCUCUUUUACUUCUUCUACAUUCGUAAGAAGAAGCAAGCGUAUGCGGACUAUCAUAGGCAGUUGGACCCCGACGCUCUGUUUGAGGAAAUGAGAGAAAACGGUGUGUUUCAGUCUCUAGGUGGUGCUUGAACUUGAUAUGUAUCUGUAAUAAACUGUUCCAUUAUGAAA